CUCUUGAGCCCAAAAAACCGUAAAACCAAGAUCUCCUCUACUCUCACCCAAUCAUAACCCCCCACGUCGACCACUCAUUACUCCCUUUUAACAAAAUUAAACGUACGCCUACGUAAAAUUACCAAAAAGCUUCCCAAUUUGUCACUUCUUCUCCUUCUUCUCUUCAGUAAAGUAAUACUAACUCAAUUUUCUUUUUUUUUAUUUAUCAAUUUUUUUUUUUUAAUUUCCCCAUCGGCUUUCAUUCAUUCGUCUGAUUAUUUUUCACUUCAGAUCUCUCCCCAAUCUUGUAACCCUAAUUUCAUUCUCAUCCAAUUCCGAUUUGCUGCCGAUCAACUCGAUUCGAUUUUAUACGCAGCGAGCUUUUUUCGUUUUUUAUUGUUUCAGUUCUGUGCCCUAGCUGAUUUCUAGGUUAAGGAUAAAAUUGAUACAGAGAUUGAUGAAGGUCGGAUUAGGUAAUUGGAGCAAGCAGAAGAAGAAGAAUUGAUGGACGAUCGCUAUGCCUCAACUGCGUAGCGGAGUGAGAAGAGGCCGCCGUAGUACUGCCGUCGUCAACAACAACAAGUCCGAACCUUCUGCGCCGGAGCAGCAGAGGAACAAGACCGUCCGGAAGUCUAACAAGAGAACCGCCGCGCCGGCGAAGCGAGCCGUCAGGAAUACUCGACAGAAACGUGCCGGAGGGAGAACUAAUAAUAAUAAUACCACUAAUUCCAGGAGGGAAGAGGAGGCGGAGGAGCAGCCUCUGGGAGUGGAACAGUUUGUGGAGGGUAACCAAGGGGAUGAGAAUGCUGUGAAGGAAACAGCGUCCUCUGGUGAACGACAAGGAGCCGACGAGAACAGAGAGGGAGUUAAUUUGAACUUACAGGAAGAGGUUGGGGAAAAAGAAAUAAUGGAUGAGUAUGACAGCGGAGGCCGCAGUGGUGACAAGGGUUUGGGAGCUGAGGACGAAGGCAGCACUGCUCCCCUUCCCGAAAAGGUCCAGGUCACUGGCUCACCAGCUUAUAGAAUUGAUAGGAAACUAGGCAAAGGAGGGUUUGGACAGGUGUAUGUUGGUCGGCGUAUUAAUCCACCAAACCCGCUAGAGAGAACCGGGCCUAAUGCCGUUGAGGUGGCGUUGAAAUUUGAGCAUAGAAGCAGCAAAGGUUGCAACUAUGGACCACCGUAUGAAUGGCAAGUCUACAAUGCCUUAGGUGGUAGUCAUGGCAUACCACGUGUGCAUUACAAGGGAAGGCAAAAUGACUAUUAUAUUAUGGUUAUGGAUAUGCUUGGUCCGAGUUUAUGGGAUGUCUGGAACAACAAUUCUCACACGAUGUCUAUUGAGAUGGUUGCUUGUAUUGCCAUUGAAGCUAUCUCCAUACUUGAGAAGUUACACUCGAGAGGAUACGUCCAUGGAGAUGUCAAACCAGAAAACUUUUUGCUUGGUCCGCCGGGCACACCUGACGAGAAGAAGUUGUUUCUUGUUGAUUUGGGACUUGCUACUCGAUGGCGUGAUAGUUCAACUGGCCUACAUGUUGAUUAUGAUCAGAGACCAGAUGUUUUUAGGGGAACAGUGCGAUAUGCUAGUGUUCAUGCGCAUCUUGGAAGGACUGGGAGUCGCCGCGAUGAUCUUGAGUCACUUGCAUACACCCUCAUCUUUCUUCUUCGUGGUCGGCUGCCCUGGCAAGGAUACCAGGGCGAGAAUAAAGGCUUCCUCGUAUGCAAAAAGAAGAUGGCAACUUCUCCGGAUACACUGUGUUGUUUCUGUCCUUCACCGUUCCGGCAAUUUGUGGAGUAUGUGGUGAACUUGAAGUUUGAUGAGGAGCCAAACUAUGCAAAGUACAUAUCAUUGUUUGAUGGUAUAGUGGGCCCCAAUCCCGACAUUAGGCCUAUCAAUACUGAUGGUGCUCAAAAGCUUAUAUUCCAAGUUGGACAUAAGAGAGGGCGUUUGACUAUUGAAGAUGAUGAUGAUGAACAACCAAAGAAGAAAGUCCGAAUGGGAAUGCCUGCGACACAAUGGAUUAGUGUUUACAACGCUCGUCGCCCUAUGAAGCAACGGUAUCAUUAUAAUGUUGCGGACAUGAGACUUUCUCAACAUAUUGAUAAAGGAAAUGAGGAUGGUCUAUUUAUCAGUAGUGUGGCCUCUUGCUCAAAUUUGUGGGCUUUGAUAAUGGAUGCAGGCACUGGGUUUACUGCUCAAGUUUAUGAACUAUCACCUUUUUUCCUUCACAAGGAAUGGAUUAUGGAACAAUGGGAGAAGAAUUUUUACAUUAGUGCCAUAGCAGGGGCAAAUAAUGGGAGCUCCCUGGUUGUCAUGUCAAAAGGUACUCAGUAUCUGCAGCAGUCUUAUAAAGUCAGUGAAUCAUUCCCUUUCAAAUGGAUUAACAAGAAAUGGAGGGAGGGAUUCUAUGUCACAGCAAUGGCAACUGCGGGAACUAGAUGGGCAAUUGUUAUGUCCCGUGGUGCUGGAUUUUCUGAUCAGGUUGUGGAACUAGACUUUUUGUACCCCAGUGAAGGUAUUCACCGGAGAUGGGAUUCUGGGUAUCGCAUCACAGCUACUGCUGCUACGUGGGAUCAAGCUGCUUUUGUUCUUAGUGUUCCUAGAAGAAAGCCCUCUGACGAGACACAAGAGACACUCAGGACUUCAGCUUUUCCAAGCAAUCAUGUGAAGGUUUCUUUGUUUAUCCCCUUCUUUAAGUAUUCCAGCUUUAUAAUCUGUCGGUACUAACCAUUACUUUGUUCUCUUCGCAGGAAAAAUGGGCUAAAAACCUUUACAUAGCAUCUGUUUGUUAUGGGCGAACUGUUUCCUGAAGCAUCACAAGUUUAUGAUGGAAUCGAUUGCAGGUGGGUGGUGUAAUUACUCUGGCCUGUAAGCCUAAUGAAAAGUAGAUCAAAAGCCGCUGUGUUCUGUUCUGACUGGGCGACUCACCAUCCUCUAGGGUUUUGUAACAUGUUCAGGAGUCCAGCCACAAGGACCGAGGUUGAUGGUCGAACUUUUUGUCAAGUGGAUGAAGUGUUUUUCAGAAAUUAACAUGUUCAACAUUGGGUAGUUUAGGUUGUGGUGAAUGUAUGUAUAGUAGUCUCGGAACAAAUAAUCAUCAGCCACAUUCUACCAAAUGUGCUAUUUAUGGCCUUGUAGGACUGGCUAUUAGUAGUAACCAAGAUGUCUAAAUAUUGCUAGAUAGAUUUCUUUCCUUGAGAUUUUGGACACCUGUUGAUCAUGAGAAUGGAUCUGAGGUUGUUAAAUUCAUACACGAAGUUUCUCUCGCUGAGUUUGCUGCGUGGUAUUAUUUUAGAAUUAGAUUCUGAUUUGUCUGUCUGCAAUUCAUCUGCUGAAGAGAUCCUAAUUUUUGCUCGCCUUGUCUGGCACUUGAUUGAAUUCUUGUGCCAAACUUAAUAAAAAAGAAAGCCAUUCUUGUUUGUUUUGCUCGUUGGGAA